ACGAAAGAAAUGCAACCUGUUAAUUCUCUUUUUUUUACUUUCAAUAUGUGUAUAUAGUUAUAAAAAUAUGCUUAUUCACUAAAUCUUCAAAGUUGAAAAUAUGUAGAUGAGUGGUGGAAGAUGUUUGGAUCAAGUGCUUCAAACUUACAGAAAGUUGCUAUAAGAAUUCUCAGUCAAACAUCAUCUUCAUCAGGAUGCGAGAGAAAUUGGAGUGUUUUUGAACAGAUCCACUCAAAGAGACAGAAUUAUUUGGAGCAUCAAGGACUCAAUGAUCUUGUAUAUGUUCGGUAUAAUCUGAAUUUAAAGAAUAGGUUUCAACUGAAAAAAAGACAUUAUGACCCUCUGGACUACACUUGUGUUGAAAUGGUUGAUUUUUGGAUACUUGAAGAUGAAACAACUCCAGAACUUGACUUACAGGAUUUGGAAAAUGAGAUAUACAAAGAAAAUGCAAUACCAAUUAUUGAAGAACAAAAUAUAUCAUUUAAUCAGCCAGGGCAUCGUAAGCAUAUGAAUGAAUAA